UGCGCCACCACAUUCAUUGUAUUGUAUCGCAUAUGCGUAUGUUCGGUUCAGUGGUGUUAGGUGCGAGGAUAUACGCGUUGUUUAUACAUAUAUAUACGUCCCGCGGUUUUUGACAUUACGCGCUUUCCCGCGAAAUCCACCUGUCAAGUCGCAGCUGUCAAAUUUCGCGGAACGAUGGAGAAUCGCCGAGCGUCGACGACGUCGCUGAGGUUUGCAGCUUGACGUCGGCGAGUUCCCGGUUGCGAUUGUAUUGUGAGUGAGUGCGUGUGCGUGAGUGCGCGUGCGCGCGCGUUGAUUGGCGGCGAACCGUGCACGAGACAGACACACGAGCGUGCUUGCUGUGUCUGCCGAAUAUAUUUCGCGCGUGCUACUUCUUGUUCUUGGCGCGCGUCUCUCGUUCGCAGUCGUCAUUCGUUCGUUCGUAUCUUGUUCUCGAUCGGAUUUCUUCCCGUUCUACCUCGUAAUCUUGCGGGAGCUCCAUAAUCGGCUUCCUCGUCGUGAGAGAGAGAGUUCCUCGAGCAGCAAUGCCGCUGCUACGCAAACAGCCGUUCCAACGGCUCUACGUCUCAUCGGAUUUCAGGGACGACGACGAGGUCUAUCAUUGCGAGGUUACGAACGAGAUAUUCAAGAACUAUAAUGAAUUUUGUGAACGAAUUAUCUUAUGCAAUUCCCUUAUCUGGUCGUGCAGUAUCACAGGCAGAACUGGCAUGACAUUUGAAGAAGCUUUACAAUGCGAAGAAAAUGCAAAGAAGAGCUUGAAAGAAUUUCCAAUGGAGUUACGAAUCCCUAUACUAUACCUUGCCAGUAAAACAAAUAGAUCCUCUUUUAAUGAAAUGGUUGAAGAUGUUUUCCAAUUUGCGAGAGAUCGUUAUUUUGUGGGAGAAAUGGUAGAGGCUAGUUUUACUGAAGACUCUUGGUGUGAUUGUCAUGUUCUUCAAGUUAUUGUACCUUCAGAACAACAAAUUAAAGCAUUCUUAAGUGAAAAUGGCAGGAAUUUACAAGAACAGUAUUAUCAUCCACCAGCAAAAUUAUUUCGUUAUGAGGUAGAACAAUUAGAUUCUGGAGAUUCUGAUGUCAGCCAGCUCAUGAUAGUAGAAGCAUCUCAAGUCAGAAGACAAAAACAACAUUAUAGCAGAGAACGUAAUAAAAUAUUUCUUCGGCAACUCUGUGAACAAAAUGAUAGUGGUAUAUGGAUCGUUAAGGAAAGUGUUUUGGAAAAAUAUGGAAUUAGCAAAGUACGUUUUGAUACUAUAUUUGCUGGCACACUUCCAGAUUUUACAGUGCGUGUAAAAAAAUCUGUCAAGCAGAAACAAGAAUCUAUAGAUAAAUUUCUAACAUCAAAUGUAUCAAAACAGAAAACAUUUGAAAAAGCGGAUCCUUUGAAAAAAGUUAGUGAUGGUAAAAAAUCGAAUGACCCUGGCACAAUGAAGAAAUAUCGAAAACCAAGAAUGAAUGGCAAAUUCAAAGAAGAACUUAAAGCGAAAGCUUUGGAGGAAAAAGCAAAACGUAAAGAAGAAAGAGCGUUGAAAAGCGAGCGUAAGAAGGAGAAAAAACAAAAGUUAGCAGCUUUGGCUGCAUAUGUAAAGCAGUGGAAUAAACCGAGAGAAGAUCUCGAAUGUGAAGAUCUUUGUUCCAUUCCUGAACCUACUGUUAUUAAAUGCAACAUACCAAACGAAAAGUUUGGAGACUUUGUUAUGAUAUCGGAAUUUCUUGAAUUUUUCAAUGAAGAAUUAGAGGUACCAGUAUAUUUCCCAGGAGGCUUCAAUUUCGAAUUGUUAGAAAAAACAUUAAUGACCAAAGAAGCGUCUGGUCCCUGGAGUGAUCUGUUACAAUUGUUAUUAUCGAAUAUAUUUAAAUAUCAAGCUGGAGAAGAUAACGAAAUUGAUGCUCAAGCAUCUACUUUACUGGAUGAUAUUAGUCCUUAUGAAGGCGCAUCAUCGAUGACAAAAGCUGUAAAACUGGCUACAAUGGCUUCUAGGUGGUGUCCAACUUAUCAGGGAUGCACGCUAUCAGAACUUACAUUAGAUCACGUAACUUUGAGCGAGAUUUUGAGACAACAUUUAUUAAGUUCUGGAGGACGUAUAAGCGAAGCGGCUUCUAAGUGGCGAUAUUCUCAAAAGGGUGGUUAUACAAAUUUUGACGAGCCAGCGCUUCUUUUAAGGAUAAAUGACGGUCACCUUUUGCGAUUACUGGGUCACCGAAAUAUCUGCGAAUUUGAUGUAGAUGAUAAAAUAAAGAUUGUUAUGUGUUUGAUCAAUCAGUUGCUUAGUUUUGCAUCAAUACGCGAUGCAAUCGAAGAACGAUAUGAUAAAUUGCACCAAGCAAAGAGAGAGUUAAAGUCAUUUUUAAUUGCUGAACAAAAGAAAGAAAAAGAAGAAAAGGAAAAGAUGCGAGAACGUGAGAAAGAAGGAAAACCACUCGAGGAAGAAGAACCAAAGAAAAAGAUAACACGUGGCAAUUAUGAGGAAGAAAGGAAAAAGGAAGAAUAUGAAAGCAAACUAAAAGAAUUGCAGCAAGCAUCAAAAGAUGACAAGAUGAUGCUUUAUCUGGGCUCAGAUAGAGCUCAUCGAAGAUAUUGGAGGUUUAUAUCUGUACCAGGAUUAUUUGUAGAAAAUGAUGAACGCUGGCCUGGAAGUUGUCUUCCCGAAGGCACUCCACACCAACCAGAGUUGCAAGACAAAGAGGCAACAUAUGCAUAUCUAAAAAAUAAAUUUGAGGAUGAGUUUAGUGACAAAGAAAACAGUUUCAAAAAAUCAAAGAAGUCGCCCAAGAAACUUUUAUCCACGGAUAAAAACGGGGUGAAAUCACCACGGAAAGAAACGGCUCGAAAGGAAUUUAAGCAAGAUCUCACUAACAUAAGAAAGAAUUUGCUGUUGUGUACAGGAGAUAAAGAUUGUCCUGUUCAUUGCAAGAGAUCGCUCGUCACCUGGAGCUUUUAUAGCAACCAGGAAGACAUACAAGCACUGAUAGAUAAUUUGAGUACAAGGGGUGUCAGGGAGAGCGAGCUUAGAAAUAAUCUUUUGCAAGAAAUGGAUAAUUUGCUUCUCGUUAUUAAUGACUGCCCUAAACAUAAAUUAAAUCCCGAAGUUUUUGCAGAUUCCAAUAAAGGACAAAUUAAUAAGACAACUAAAAAGAAUAAAUACGAGAACGCGAAUUUAAAUUUUCCUCCCGACGUAGCGGUUGAUGAAGUAAUGGAAAUGACAUUGAGAGAUCACAUUUUGGACUUUGAAGACAAAAUCAAUGCAGGUUGUUUGGGUUCCCUUAAGAUUACCGAUCGCACCGUCUGGAGAAACGCGAUUAAUCAGAGAAGUUAUGACAAACAGUGUGAUAAACUGAUGUGUGCCGGUAGUGAAAUAGACAUAGAUAUACCACCUUCUAAUACAUUGAUAGAUAAGAUAAAGAACGAAUCUAAACACAGUAGACCCGGUACUCCCGAUUCCGAGGUCGGAAGUAUCAGCAUAAAGACUUACAAAGAUCCAGGAACGUACUUAGGUUUACCCAGUGAAGAUGAGAUGGUGCUCGAUCAAAGGCAACAGGCGGUUAUCAAGCAGCUGGCGUGUGCUAUUUUGCAGCUGUCACAUGCUAUAGAACAGAGAUACAUGCAGAGACCGCUUGGACCUGAUCAGAAGGACAAGAAAUGGUCGGGCGAAGAGGCUCGAGAGAGAUGGGAACAAUCACUGAUAGCGUCGACUAAUUGGUCUCAGUUGUUCGUUCACUUGAGCACCUUGCACAAUAGUGUCGCGUGGCAUAGAAGCGCAUUGAACGCUCAAUGUCGCAUAUGUCGAAGGCGUACGGAUGCUGAGAACAUGUUGCUUUGUGACGGAUGUAACAGGGGACAUCAUCUCUACUGCCUAAAACCGAAACUCAGUGCUGUACCGGCGGGAGAUUGGUUUUGUAGAGCGUGCAAACCGCCGGAGGUGAAACCCAAGGAAAAGGCUCAAAAGCGAAAAAGAUUUGAGGAUGAAAUCGAGGAAGAAGAAGUACUGACCAAAGAGACGCGAUACAAUCGCGCAAAGCGAGCACUUCAGAGCGAUGAUGAAGACGAUCAAGAAGAAAAUCAAGAUGAUGAAGACAGCGAGGAAGAGAUAAAUGAACAAAUAGAAAACUUAUGCGCAACAUGCAAAAGUGGUGGAAAGCUGAUCUCAUGUGAUACAUGUCAAAAUCAUUAUCACUUAGAAUGCCUCGAACCACCAUUGUCGAGGGCUCCUAGAGGAAGAUGGUCUUGCUUUAUAUGCAAACCUAGAAGAAAGAGGAAUACAACAAAAGUGAGGGGGCGCGAAAGGGAAAGAGACAAGGAGAGGCUGUGCGCAGCAGCAGCACGCUCUCGCAUCCAUGGCUUUGCCAAGAGCCUCCUCACUACAGAAUCUACAGACUGGGAUGAUAGCAGCGCAUCCGAUGACACCGAACCAAGACAAACGCGACGUGCGACGAAAAGAGCCGCCCAAAUUGAACACGAGGAGGAUAAAAAUUCAAUCAAAGGAUCUAUGGCUAGACUGCAAGAAUUAUUAACUGAUAUUAGGCAUCAUAGAGAUUCAUGGCCGUUUCUAUCGCCUGUCACAAAGGAUGAAGUUCCAGAUUAUCAUGAUAUCAUUUCUAAUCCGAUGGACUUUGGGACAAUCAAAAGCAAACUUGGUAAUGGCGACUAUGAGACGUUGGAUAAAUUCUUUAGCGAUUGUCAUCUAGUUUUUGAAAACUGCAGAUUGUACAAUAAGGAACAUAGUUCUGUAUACAAUUAUGUAUAUAGUGCAGGAACACGAUUACGCAAAUACCUCGAGAAGCGCUGCAAGGAAUUAGGCUUGAACUUUAACGAACUUUUCGAAGAACCCAAGAUUAAGAGGGCAAGAUUCGAUGGCAAUGAUGUCGAAGAAAAUUCCACGUCGAAUAGCGAAGACGAUGAAGAGGAAGCACAGAAGAGAAGAUAGAAUAGAAAAGCUAUAUGCAUAUAUAUUAUAUAUACUUUUAGUAUAGAGUACAUACUCGUGAGAUUAAAAAAUCUGAUACCGCUCAAGAAAUUUAUAUAUUUUGAAUUAGAAUACGUAUAAUCGAUUACGAGCGGUAGAUAGAUUCCGUAUAUAGCUCACGACAUUUGAUAAAUUAAACAAUUUUUUCACGAUAAACAAUGUGAAGUUACAUUGACAACUUAUGGAAUAGUACAACUAAAUGCUAUUUAUUUUGCAAAAUUAACAAUUUACAUAAAACGACACAUGCAACAGUAUAUAUAAAAUGUACGAAAGAUUUUUUUUUUUUUUUUAAGUCUUUCUUCGAGGCUUAUUAUGAUACAGAUGUAUGCAGUAUUAUUUGCAGAAAUGCAUACUCAUAGUUGCACUACAUAUAAUUUUAGAUGCAUUGCACAUACACAGAAUUUUGCAAACACAUAGCUGAUUAGUUCCAUUGGCUUUAAUUAAUUUUUUUCUAGAUGUAGAAACAAAUUUUCAAUAUAUUCUCACAUUUAUUUAUUUAGUAUUACACAUAACACGAGUGCGCGUGCACACAUGCACACACAACAUACACCCACACACACCUAUGCACCAAUACAUCAUAUUUUUUGUAGUAAUAUAUUAAGGAUUGUUAAUUGUAUAUGAUGAAUUCAUAAGCUCUCAAUUUUUCUCGAAAUCGUACACAAGAUUUAAUCAUAAAACAUAAUUUUCAGAAAAAUGCAUAAAUCAUAAGCACAUUAGCAAAUUUAUGUUUAUAGAUCCAGACAAUAAAAUUCGAUACUUUUGUA